CUACUAAAAAAACAUUUCAAAGGCUUUGAAGAGAAAGCCAAACUCUUUCUCUCAACCCACACAAACUGGGUUCUUCAGUCUCCCGAUGAUGGUGGCUGCGCCAGCUAAUUGUCCGAUGUCUUUUAGAUUCAUGAACCACAACCUCUCGACUCUGCGCUCCGCCCCCUUCAGAUAUCGCCUUGACUUGCCCUCUUCAGCUCGAAUACCCUUAUCUUCUUCGCGUUCUGUGAGUGUGUCUUCUGCCGGUGCUGCUUCUCCAAUUAUCAACCAAGAUUAUCAAAAUCUUGAAUCCAAUUCUCUCGGACACCUCACUCGUCCUGAUUUCCCCAUUCUUCAUCAGGAGGUAAAUGGGUCAUCGCUUGUUUAUCUAGAUAAUGCUGCAACUUCUCAAAAGCCAAUCUCUGUCUUGAAUGCCUUACAAAAUUAUUAUGAAAAGUACAAUUCAAAUGUGCACCGUGGGAUUCAUUACUUGAGUGCAAAAGCUACGGAUGAAUACGAGAUGUCAAGAAAGAAGGUUGCAACUUUCAUUAAUGCAUCUGACCCUGGAGAGAUCAUUUUCACCAGAAAUGCUACAGAAGCCAUCAAUUUAGUAGCUUAUACUUGGGGUGUCUCCAAUUUAAAGCCGGAAGAUGAGGUUAUAUUAACAGUAGCUGAACAUCACAGUGCUAUUGUUCCAUGGCAAAUUGUAGCUCAAAAAACUGGUGCCAUCUUGAAGUUUGUUGAGUUAACUGAAAAUCAAGUUCCUGAUACAGAGAUGUUGAGAAGAUUGAUUUCAAAGAGAACAAAGUUAGUGGUUGUUCAUCAUGUCUCCAAUGUGCUGGCUUCUGUUCUUCCAAUUGGUGAUAUUGUUGAUUGGGCACAUAAAUUUGGGGCGAAAGUGCUAGUAGAUGCUUGUCAGAGUGUUCCCCAUAUGGUGGUUGACGUACAAGGCCUUGGUGCUGAUUUUCUGGUUGCUUCUUCUCACAAGAUGUGUGGGCCUACAGGUGUAGGGUUCUUAUUUGGUAAAAGUGAUCUAUUGUCUGCCAUGCCUCCUUUCUUAGGAGGCGGAGAAAUGAUAUCCGAUGUGUUUCUGGAUCAUUCAACUUAUGCUGAUCCUCCAAACAGAUUUGAAGCUGGAACUCCUGCUAUUGGGGAGGCUAUUGGACUGGGAGCAGCAAUAGAUUAUUUAUCUGGGAUUGGCAUGCAAAAGAUUCAUGAUUAUGAGGUAGAGCUGGCUAAUUAUCUGUAUGAAAGGUUGCAAGGAAUCCCUGGUGUCCAUAUUUAUGGCCCGGCACCUUCUCAGAGCGAGGCUCGUGCAGCCCUUUGUUCAUUCAACGUUGACAAAAUUCAUCCAACAGAUAUUGCCACUUUUAUUGACCAGCAGCAUGGGAUUGCCAUUAGGUCAGGGCAUCACUGUGCGCAACCCCUUCAUCGACGUUUGAAUGUCAAUGCCAGUGCACGUGCUAGCCUCUAUUUCUAUAACACCAAGCAAGAUGUCGAUAACUUUAUUGACUCUCUCAAGGACACAAUCCAAUUCUUUUUAGCUUAAAAUAAAUAAAUAUCAAUCCUUUUUAUUUUUUUGUCUUCAUUUGCAGUGUCAUCCAUAUGUGAAAAUAAUAAUAAUUUAGUGGCCAUAUUAGUUGAUUUCCUUGUGGCUGUGAUUACUCAAACAAAAUGCUAAACAUUACUCUGUACUCACCUCUGUCAAUUCACAAUUAUAGAAAUGUAAAUUGAAGAUCUAAAUGGAGGAUUAUGUUAUU